CUCUCUCGUGGCCUGGCUUUCAUUCUUCUUCGUCUCUUGCGUCCAUCCAUCGACCAUGCUGCCGACCCUGUAGCCUCGAUGGAUUGCUUCUACACAUAGUCGGGUCGGAGGCAGAAGGAGAGAGAGAGAGAGAUUAGCUGAUCAGCUGCAGAGUGAUCGAUCUUCCCACAGCGUUGGCGAGCAGGAGAGCGUGCUUCGGAGAGCUGGAAAAUUUGGGUCGCUUCUCGAGCGCCUGGGGUCCGCAGCUGGUCUGAGGUGAUUGGAGUGUGCUGUUUUAUGAUUGAGGCAGGCGAGCGGAAGAGCAGCGGAGGUGGGCCGAGGGAUUCAAUUGGUGGUCAAUUGCGUGGAACUGCGAGCCUGUAGUAGAGCAGGCAGGCGAUAAAUUCUGGCAACCAUGAUGGCGACGGUGGCCACGAGUGUGGAGCUGAGUGUGUGCCCUUCCCGUCUGUGGACGGCGUUGAAAGAUGGACCCAACUUCAUGCCCAAAGCAGCGCCUUUCUUCUGGUCCAAAUGGGAGGUUCUGGAAGGAGACCCCAACACCAUCGGCAGCUUGCUUUUGUUGACUUUCAAUCCAGCAGCGAGAGGGGAUCUGCAGAUCAAGGUGAAGGUGGCAGAUUUCAGCGACGAGGAGAUGUACAUUACUUAUGAAUCUUUACUGGAGUCAGAUCCACUUUACAAACAAAUGAGGGUCACCAUCUCGGUGGACCCAGCUUCGGACGGGAGCAAGAGCAUGGCGACGUGGAGUGUAUUCUACGAGCCCGUUGGAGACCAGGGCCCUCCUUCCAAGGAGAGCAGGCAACUCCUUCUCAAGAGAAUGGAGCAGUACUUGCUCUCGCACGACGACUACCUACAGACCGUCCCGACCAUGAACGAGCCGUCGUCCUAGAUUUCCUCGGCUGCCGGGAUUGUGGUGGAGAGGAUGGCACCGAACGCUGAGAAACUCCUGACCUCCCUCCCUCUCUGCCGCUCACUCGAGAAAUUAAUAAAGUUUUGAUCCGAGGCUGAAUCUGUGCCUUCCAGUCCGACCUCAACGAGGGCACAGGUCAAGUGGAAGUCCAGGAAGAUCUGCGGUAGUUGUAAGAUAGUCGAGCAUUUUGACACUUUGGGUUGUUGUGUCUUACUGGGCCCCUAAUUGCUCGAGGGCCCGAAGAUCUCUGCUCGCUGUAUAGUAGAUAGAUUGGUUGAAAUGUUCGCAUAUCAAAGUAAUAGGAUCUUGAAUCGAUUGAUUUGUCUCAACAC